AAGACUGUUUCUAAUAAGUUAAUAAUCAUGACUAUCUCAAAAUUAACUUUGAGGGGCUCAGCCCGCCUCAAAGAGGUUGAUAAAUGCAAAAUCGUGGAUGAAACUUCGCGCAGAAGAAGACACCGAAAAAACAUGGAAAUUCUAGAAGCUGACAACUACCAUGAAGAUCCUCAUGCUGAUCUUGUUAUGAGCAAAAAGAUUCCGAAAUUCGACGAGAACUUAGAAACAAGGACAAGAAGCAGGAAGAAAGAAAAAAAUCCAGAAUAUUAUCAAGCAAAGUUUAGGAAACAUAUUUUACAAUUAUUAGAAGAAGACAGAAUGGAAGCAGAGAUAACUGGACGCUAUUCAUAUCAAGAUUUAGUAGCUGAAGAUACCGACCACCCAGCAAGACAUUUCUGUGCUGUUUGUGGAUUUUUUAGUCAAUAUGUUUGUUUGGCAUGUGGUAUGAGAUAUUGUAGCAUAAAAUGUAUGGAUACUCAUAUGGAUACAAGGUGUCUCAAAUGGACUGCUUGAAUUAGUUUAUAAUAUAAACAUUCUAUACAAUAUGAAUAAAUAUUCGAAACAAUUUUUGAACUUUUCAAAAACUA